CAUUUGGGCUAUGCCUUGUAAGUACAUUCGUAUGAUUGACUGAAUGCAUAAACCUGCAAAUAGACAUUCAUGCAUGCACGAAGAAGCUGUCCGGACUGUGCAGUCGGCAUCCCUCGCUGAAGCACUCCUUUCUCAAGAACUCCCCGUUCCCCGUAUCUAUAUCCCCCCCCCCCCGUCGCCGCCGGCGUCUCCGCCGACGCAGGCGCCCCAGGUGGUCGGUCGGGGGCACUAGGUGGCCCGUCGGCGCCGGCGACCCACACAGUGUGUCCGGAGCGCUGGCGACGGGCGCGUGCGAUCCGACGGUACUGGCGGACGGCGGGCUUCGACGGAGAGGGACCCGAGCCGAAGGAGCGGACUCCAGCCCCUCAGAGGCGCGGACAAGAUGGCGACUGAGGCCCUGGAGCAGAACCUGACGGACAGUCUGGUGGAGAACAUGACGACCCUGUCUCCCGAGUACUGUGGCGCCGGCCUGAACGCCUUCUACCUCGGCUACCGCAAGGUGCACGGCUACCUGGCGCUGGCCGUCUGCAUCUUCGGCCUCACCACCAACAUCCUCAGCAUCGUUGUGCUGACGCGCAAGACGAUGGUGUCUCCGACGAACGCCAUCCUGGCCGGCCUGGCCAUCGCCGACAUCAUGGUCAUGGUCAUGUACGUCCCGUUCACGCUCAACUACUACCUGCAGGCGUUCGGCAGGACCAGCUUCAGCUACGGCUGGGCCGUCUUCAUGCUGACGUACGUGCACGUCACGCAGGUGUUCCACACGGUCUCCAUCUGGCUGACAGUGGUGCUGGCGGUGUGGCGGUACCUGGCCAUCGGACACCCGUCGCUGAACCGCGAGUGGUGCUCCAUGAAGAAUACCUCUGUGGCCAUCGUGUCCGCCUACAUCGUCUGCCCGAUCCUCUGCAUCCCCAGCUACCUGACCUUCGCCAUCUCGCCCCAGGGCAACUCCACGGACAGAUUCGUGGUCGGCUUCAGCGACCUGAGCACCUACAAUGACAAGUUCCUCGAGAAGUUCAACUUCUGGAUGUACAGCGUGCACGUCAAGCUGCUGCCGUGCGUCAUCCUUACCAUCUUCAGCUGCUGCCUCAUCCACGAGCUCAUGAAGGCGCGCAAGCGGAAGGCAGCUCUGCUGCGCAAGAUGAGCUCCGGUCAGAGCAAGCAGUCAUGCGCUGAGAAGCAGGCAGUGCGGACCACCCGCAUGCUGCUCGCCAUCCUGCUGCUCUUUCUGCUCACGGAGUUCCCCCAGGGCAUUCUGUCGCUCAUGUCCGGAAUUCUCGGCAAGAAGUUCCUCGACCAGUGCUACAACCGGCUCGGGGACUUGAUGGACAUUCUGGCGCUCAUCAACUCUUCGAUGAACUUCAUCUUCUACUGCUCGAUGUCGUCGCAGUUCCGGUCGACGUUCCAGCAGCUCUUCAUGGCCAGCCGGUGGGUACCGGUGCCGCUGAAGCCACCAUCGACCACGGAGCAGACCGAGUGUACCCGACUGUAAAUGCGCCGGCUUGGACCAGUCCUGGACUUGACCGGCCGAUGGACCGGAGGGGAGGGAACAGAAAACCACACUGGUAUUGUGUGGUCGUUGAUUAAAACUAACAGCGCGCCCAAAGACGCUAGUAAUGAUGUAAGGAUUGUGAUUGAAUGAACAAGCAAGCUGAAGUGUUGGAAAUGUGAUGAGAACAAUGGCGUCCUCCGAUGGUACUACUGUUACGAGUGUUAACUGCUAUUGUUCUGUGAACUCUGGAGUUAUGUGAACUGCCUGUGGUAGUGCUAUGGCAAUGGUGAUGCAGCGAACCUGACUAACCAAAGGUCACAAUGCUUGUGUACAUUGUUACAGGACAUUGAAGGCACACGCUACCAUCUGUGAACUUUUGGGCACUGAUCUGGGGAAUGCCACGUCUCGUGUGCUCAGUAACGCUGAGACUGUUCAGUGUUCAAACCUUAGCGCCGCACCUAGAAACUAAUUAGUCACUUGAGCUUCUGGUGCAAAUCUGCUUCCGUGUCGUGUCUCUGUCGACGCGGGCUGAUUUCUCUGUGACAGAGUUGUCUCCGAGCCGGCUCGCCCAUUGACGAGCGUGACCGCCUCCCAUCCCCUCCCGGCCCGUGGACGAAUGUAAUGGAGCCUCUCCGAUGAUGAGCCCAAGCGAGGAUCGAUUGCACCCGCCCACAGCCAGCCCCCGUCCGCUGCCGCGCCGCGCCGUGUCACACUGCUAUUGUUGACCAGGUGGCGGGUCAGAGCUCCGUACUCGGGUGUUGUCCUGUAUCAGGUCACUGUGUGAGUGCUCUGGAGUGCCGCCUUCGGAGACAGGCGUCUGUGACCCCUGCGCUCACUGAUGACGUCAUAGUGACGUCACUGGCUGACUAAGGGACUCGGCGGGAACACCCACAGUGUUAUCGAUAUCAUUCCUUUGCGUUUGGCGGUGCCCGACACUAGAUAAGGCGGCAAAAUGCAGAGCGCGGUCUAUAGCUUUACACACCAUACCGUGACAGCUAGUGAUGUUUACCUAACAGUGGUUAUAGUAGUUAUUAGUAGCAUAUUUCUUGCUUAAAGUAAAUAAUUCGAAGUUGUUAAGCAUUUUUCUAAAUAGAUGGACAUUAACCACCGUUUAUCAAGCAGCAAAAUCAACUAUGUAACUUUAUUGGUAAGGUUAUUUUUUGAUAAGAUGAUUUUACGAUUGCCUUUCAUUGUAACCUUCUUAACGCUUAUAUCAUUCUUAAUUCGUAAUAAAAGGGACGCAUCACCGUUCAACUCCUAAACACACAACCAACAGCCGCCACGGAAAGUCGCACAGUAGGUAUUUGCUUUUUUAGGCUUAUUCAAAAAACACCCGUCGGCAGCCUUUGUUAUCCAUGUCUUCAUUAUUAGGCGAACUUUUGAUGCACAUUCAGUUCACGAUCGAUAAAGUGUACGCUGGAUGAUGUAAUGUGAAUGUGAUAAGAUCUGUGUGUUGUUGGUACGAGGGUGAGCAUGAUAAUGAGUGAGAGGCAGCGCCAUGUUUUUACAUUAUUGAAAAGUACAGCAACCGUUAUAUGAAGAUUGUAUGGUUGUUCAAAUAAAAUUUCAUUUUACGUCUAAUGUUAUGGAAGUGCCGCACUUACCAUUUAUGGACACAAAACAUGAUAAUUCUAUCGUUAAGACACUUAUAAGGGAAUUUGUUGCAGAAAUAUAACGACGCGUCGCAUCUCCAGCCAAUGUUUGUGAUUGAACGAAUGUGCUAGAUUCAAAUGUCCAUAUUCAUAUUGUUCUGAUGUGGGGGUACGUGCUACUAAUCAAACAUGCUUGUGCGCUAAUGGGCUCAGCUCUAUAACUGUGAGCUGCGCUUACCAAGAUGUGGCAGCGCAGCUCUUGCUGAGCUGGGGAAGCCCGGUCCCUGUGAGCUGCGCAGUCGGGCUGUGGCCGCGCGGGCUUCGCUUCAAGCCCGCCACAUACGUGCAGCCCGCGUGUCCCGCGCCACCAGUACUGAUGUGUGUUUACGUUUGUCUAGAUGCUAUAUAUGUCCAAUAAAUCUCCUGAAUUAUUA